AUGGCAGCCGUCGGUGUGCUUUCAGAAACCGCCGACCUCAAAAACGGCAUGAAUGGCUCCGUCGCCAUCGAGGAACUACCUCAGAGCAACCCCGAAUUCCUCGAGCUCUCUCCUGCUAUAAAUGCAGGGAGAGAUACGAUCCCUCCAAAGCAGCGAAAUGGGGAAAAGGGGUACUACCGCAACGAAGAACUUGGUGGGCCCAUCCACUCGGAGAGGUUCAUGCGGAUCAUCGUCAUCGGUGCAGGGGCAUCUGCACUCUGUUUUGCCUACAAGCUUCAACGUUCCUUCGAAAACUUCUCCCUGCGGCUGUACGAGAAGAACGCUGAGAUCUCCGGAACUUGGUUCGAAAACAGGUAUCCUGGGUGCGCAUGCGACGUCCCGGCUCACAACUACGGCUACUCGUGGGAGCCCAAGCCCGACUGGUCUGCAGUUUAUGCCGGAAGCGCAGAGAUUAAGGAAUACUUCAAGUGGUUUGCAGCCAAGUACGACUUGAACAAAUACAUCAGCGUCAAUCACGAAGUGUGCGAGGCCCGGUGGCUUGAAGGCGAGGGUCAGUGGGAGGUGAGAGUGAAGGACGCGACUACGGGGCAAGUAGCCACCGACGUCUGUGAUAUUCUGAUAAACGGGUCGGGUAUAUUAAACAACUGGAAAUGGCCAAGCAUCCCGGGCCUACACGACUUCAAGGGGACUCUUCUUCACAGCGCCAACUACGAUGAGUCCGCCGACCUUACUGGAAAACGCGUCGGCUUAAUCGGCAACGGGUCCUCCGGAAUUCAGAUCCUGCCGGCUAUCCAACCACAGGCGAAAUCAGUCACCACGUUUUUGAGAACGCCGACCUGGGUGACUCCGCUCCGGGGCUUCGAGCAGCACUCGUACACGAAGCAGGAAAAGGAAGACUUUGCAACCAAACCCGGGGUCCUACUCAGCUGGAGAAAACAAACGGAAAGCAACGUGAACAACAUCUACGCCAUGUUCCUCAUGGGCAGCAAACUACAGGAGAGCACAAAACGACGCGUCACAUUGCAAAUGAAGUCGAAGCUGUUCAAACCGGAGCUACGGGAGAAGCUGAUUCCGGAGUGGAGCUUUGGAUGCCGGCGGAUGACACCAGGAAUCAACUAUCUCGAAUCCCUUCAGGCCGAGAAUGUCGAGGUGGCGUUCGGUGACAUCGACCGCAUCACCGCGACCGGCUGUGUCGCCGGCGGGAAGGAACACGUCCUCGACGUGCUCAUCUGUGCGACAGGUUUUGACGUCUCCUUCCGACCUCGCUUCCCGAUCAUUGGACUUGGCGGGCAGAACCUCCAGGACCUCUGGGCCGAGGAGGCACACUCGUACAUGGGCGUCGCCGCUCCGGCACAGCCCAACUACCUGCACUUCCUCGGACCAAACUGCCCUAUCGGAAGUGGGCCUCUAAUUGGCGCCAUCGAAGCGCAAGCGGAUUACAUGCUCCGCUGGUGCGACCGGUGGCAGACAGAGAACCUCCACUCGUUCACGCCCAAGCUAUGCGCCAUCGAGGACUUCACCCGCCGCACCGACUUCUUCAUGCGGGACACCAUCUGGCGGGACAGCUGCCGGAGCUGGUACAAGUCACACACGGUGUCCGGGCGCGUCUCGGCGCUGUGGCCCGGCAGCUCGCUGCACUACUUUGAGGCGAUGCAGCACACGCGCGCCGACGAUUGGGAGGUCGAGUAUAGGGGGAACAGGUUCGACUGGCUGGGCAACGGCUUCAGCCAGACCGAGUGCGACGACACGUGCGAUUGGGGCUAUUACAUCCGGGACCAUGACGAUUCUCCUUACCUGAGCAAGGGGAAGGCGAGGAAGGUGUUGACCAAGAGCGGCACCGUGAAGCGCGAGGCUGAGGAGCUGGAUGAGGAUGAUCCGAACUGGAAGGCGUGGUGUUAA